AUGGCAACUUAUAGAUUCCAAUCUGGGUUUUACCCUCUUUCGCCAUGUCCUUCUCUGGGUAAUUUCGUCGAACGGAUUAAAGACGCAUGUCGUUUCCUCGUCUCUGCUGUUCUGGGCACAGUUCUCUCGGCGAUCUUGACUUUCUUCUUCGCAUUAGUGGGCACAUUGCUUGGGGCACUUACUGGAGCUUUGAUAGGUCAAGAAACCGAAAGUGGGUUUAUCCGAGGAGCAGCAGUUGGAGCCAUUUCAGGAGCUGUUUUCUCCAUCGAAGUCUUUGAAUCAUCUCUUGUCCUCUGGAAAUCUAAUGGUUCACGUUUUGGAUGUCUACUCUACUUGAUUGAUGUCAUUGUUAGUCUUAUAAGUGGUAGACUUGUAAGGGAACGCAUAGGUCCAGCAAUGUUAAGCGCGGUUCAAAGUCAGAUGGGAGCAGUGGAUACAACUUUCGAUGAGCUCUCGAGUAUCUUUGAUACUGGUGGCUCAAAAGGAUUAACAGGAGAUUUGGUUGAUAAAAUACCCAAAAUCAAAAUCAAAAACAACAUAGAUGCUUCUGGCAACAAAGACUCAUGUUCUGUUUGUCUUCAGGAUUUUCAGCUUGGUGAAACUGUAAGAAGCUUACCACAUUGUCAUCACAUGUUUCACUUGCCUUGUAUAGACAAUUGGCUCUUCAGGCAUGGUUCUUGUCCAAUGUGUAGACGUGAUCUGUAA